AGCAGCUGCCGCUUGUAAAAGCAUCCCUACUAGCCUAUACGGGUCUCUCCUCCCCCUCUCUCUCUCUCGUUCCCAAUAGCUGCCGGCCUCGGCUGCCUCUCUCUCUCUCUCUUUGCAGCUUUGCUCGCUCAGAGGCUGGAGACGGAGGGAGGGAAAAGGAAAAGGGGGAGAAGCCGCCAUGUUGGAUCCUGAGCCUUCGGUAGCAGCGGCGGCGGCGGCGGCGGCAGCGGCAGCAGCAGGAAGAACAGCCGCUUGUGGGCGAGGAGUCCAGGCGAGCGCCGUGUGAAGGGAGCAGAGAGGAAGAGGACGACGGAAAGGAGGAAAAGGAAGCGGAGGAGGGAGGGAGGGCUGCCUAAGCCGUGACCACGUCCUCGUUGUCGUCGCCCCGUUUGGCCACACGAAGGAGAUGCCCUGACCGGGCAGCAUCUAUUCUUCCCCUGCGCUCGGGGGUGGGGGGGAGGAGAGCGAAAGCGGCAAUAACACCAGCAGCAUCUUUGGGAAGAGGAGCAAAAAAAAAGGAGCAGCAGCAUUUCUGACAUUCUGAGUCACCCUGCCCUCUCCCCCCCCUCCAAAAGGCAAACAAGGAGGAGGAGGAGGACACGCACCGACAUGGAAGGGAUUUGCUAGGAUUAUUAUUAGCCCAGCCUUUUCUUAGCUGGGCGUAUUGAUAUUUAAGGGGGAGAAAAUACUGUGGGGUUUUUUUUCCCUCUCUCCCCCACUCCACCCCGCCAGUACGUCGGGCAGAGGAUGUUUAGGAAAUGAAGCCUUCACGUUUAUUUUUGGCUAGCUGAAGCGCCUCAAGAGAAGCCUCGCUGGGCAUGGAAGCGAAGACGAGCGAGCCUUCCGCAGACAGGCAGCCCUGAGCAAGAAAGGCUCUGUUUCUGGGGACUUUUCUUCUCUUCUCCCCCCCCCACAUCUCCCCACCCCCACUCUCAGAAGAAUUGCCACUGAUGCAUUUUCCAAGGGGUGGUGGAGGUGGAGGUGACGGAGGCCGCGGCGGCGGGGAAGGUGGAGGCGGCGGCGGAUCGGCUCCCGCACUAGACCUUCCCAACGUUAUGCAUUUUGUUUUGUGCUUCCCCGUUUUCCAAUGUCUUUCUGCGGCUCUUCCCUCGGAAGUGCGUUGCUGAUACCAGUCGAAUGGGGAUUUUAUACUUCAAUGAUGGAGUAGGAUUCAUUUCAGGAUUAUGUUGCAUGAUCUGAAUUUUGAAUGAAGGAGGAGACCUUUGGGGGGGCGAAAAAGCUAUCGAUCUAGUCGAUGAGGGAAGAGAGGAUUCCGUCUUGGGUUGAAUUUUUUAAUUAUUAUUAUUAUUUAAAUGUACAAAGUAUAUAUUUUCUCUUCUUUUAAAUGUAUUAAGAGAUUUUAGGAUAAUUAUUUUUCUUUAAUAUUCUGUAUACAGUAUACUGCAGAUGUGUGUGGAAAAACCAACCAAGAUAUAGGUCUCAGAAUGGGAAUUCUGAGAUGGAUUGUACAUUCAGCACCAACCCAACAACACUGACUUUUCAAGAUAUAUUUUUAGAAACUAAUCCUUCUAAUGUUUUAGAUUUUCCAAAAAUAACUAAUAUUAAUACUAAUAAUUAAGAGAGAAGGCCUGUUGAAAACUGAAGCAACCAUGUCUGGAGAAGUGCGUCUGAGACAGUUGGAACAGUUUAUUUUGGAUGGGCCAACUCAGACAAAUGGGCAGUGCUUUAGUGUGGAAACCUUGCUGGAUAUACUCAUCUGCCUUUAUGAUGAAUGUAAUAACUCACCCCUGAGAAGAGAGAAGAAUAUUCUUGAAUACCUAGAAUGGGCCAAGCCCUUCACUUCUAAAGUGAAACAGAUGCGACUACAUAAAGAAGACUUUGAAAUCUUGAAAGUGAUUGGCCGAGGAGCCUUUGGGGAGGUUGCAGUAGUGAAAUUGAAAAAUGCAGAUAAAGUAUUCGCCAUGAAAAUAUUAAAUAAAUGGGAGAUGCUGAAAAGAGCUGAGACAGCUUGUUUUCGAGAAGAGAGGGAUGUUUUAGUGAAUGGAGAUAACCAGUGGAUUACAACAUUGCACUAUGCGUUUCAGGAUGAAAACUAUUUACUUGAAGUAAGAGGAGAAAUCAUAGAACCACAGAAAACCAGGCCUGGACUGCAGCCAGUCCAUUGCCCUGGUGAAGCUUUGAUAGUUGUGCCAGAAUUGAAUUGUGCAAGGGUAGCUAGCCCAUACUUCAUUCAAAGAAAAAGAGUGAAUUUUCUUUACAGGGAUAUCAAGCCAGACAACAUCCUGAUGGAUAUGAAUGGACAUAUUCGAUUAGCAGAUUUUGGUUCUUGUCUGAAACUGAUGGAAGACGGAACGGUUCAAUCUUCAGUAGCAGUUGGAACACCAGAUUAUAUUUCUCCAGAAAUCUUGCAAGCUAUGGAAGAUGGGAAAGGGAAGUAUGGCCCUGAAUGUGACUGGUGGUCCCUUGGUGUUUGCAUGUAUGAAAUGCUUUAUGGAGAAACACCCUUUUAUGCCGAGUCCCUGGUGGAGACCUAUGGAAAGAUCAUGAACCAUAAAGAGAGGUUCCAGUUUCCUCCCCAAGUGACAGAUGUGUCUGAAAAUGCCAAGGAUCUAAUUAGAAGGCUCAUCUGCAGCAGAGAACAUAGACUUGGGCAAAAUGGGAUAGAAGACUUCAAAAACCACCCAUUUUUUUCAGGAAUUGACUGGGAUAACAUUCGAAAUUGUGAAGCACCUUAUAUCCCUGAAGUCAGCAGUCCAACAGAUACAUCAAACUUUGAUGUAGAUGACGAUUGUUUGAAGAAUUCUGAAACAAUGCCUCCACCAACACACACUGCAUUUUCUGGCCAUCAUCUGCCAUUUGUGGGAUUCACAUACACAAGUAGCUGUAUCCUUUCAGACCGCAGUAGCCUAAGAUUUGCAGCUGGGCAACGUACUAUGAACCUUGAUGCCAGCGUUCAGAGGACACUUGAGGAUACCUUAGCUACAGAAGCUUAUGAGAGGCGUAUAAGGCGCCUGGAGCAGGAAAAGCUUGAACUUAGCAGAAAACUCCAAGAAUCUACACAAACAAUCCAGGCCAUGCAUUAUUCAACUGUAGAUGGUCCAUUAACAGCUAGCAAAGAUUUAGAAAUUAAAAGCCUAAAAGAAGAAAAUGAAAAGCUGAAAAAACAGGUGUCUGAUUCUGGGCGAUUGGAACAGCAACUUGAAGAAGCCAGUUCUGCAAGACAAGAGUUAGAAGAUGCUGCCAGACAAAUCAAGGCCUUUGAAAAGCAAAUCAAAGCACUAAAGCAAGACAGGGAAGAUCUUAAUAAGGAGCUAAUUGAGUCUAGUGAAAGAUUAAAGGCCCAAACCAAAGAGUUGAAAGAUGCACACAGUCAGCGGAAACUGGCCAUGCAGGAAUUCUCUGAGAUGAAUGAGCGACUUACAGACCUACAUUCACAAAAACAGAAACUUACCCGUCAGGUCAGAGAUAAGGAAGAAGAGAUGGAAGUGGUGAUGCAAAAAAUAGAAAAUUUGAAGCAAGAGCUGCGCAGAACAGACAGAAUGAAAAAGGAACUGGAAGUACAUGCUGAAGCUGCAGCUGCAGAGGCAUCUAAGGACAGGAAGUUGCGUGAGCGAAGUGAACAGUAUUCUAAGCAGCUGGAAAAUGAAUUAGAAGGACUAAAGCAGAAACAAAUGGGUCGCUCCCCUGGAGUGAGUAGCACGGAACAUCAGCAAGAGAUCACUAAAUUGAAAGCUGACUUGGAAAAGAAGAAUGUUUUUUAUGAAGAAGAACUGUCUAAACGAGAAGUAAUGCAUUGCAAUGAAAUAAAAAAUCUGAAGAAAGAACUGCGUGAUGCAGAGAGUCAACAACUUGCUCUCAAAAAAGAGAUCCUAAUCUUGAAAGACAAGUUAGAAAAAACAAGACGUGAAAGCCAAACUGAAAGGGAGGAAUUUGAAACAGAGUUCAAGCAGAAGUAUGAAAGAGAGAAGAUUCUACUGACAGAAGAGAACAAAAAGCUUUCCAGUGAACUUGAUAAGCUUACAGCUAUGUAUGAAAGAUUAAGUAUGAAUAACCGGCAACUGGAAGAAGAGAUGAGAGAUCUUGCUGACAAAAAGGAAUCUGUGGCACACUGGGAAGCCCAAAUCACCGAGAUCAUCCAGUGGGUGAGUGAUGAGAAGGAUGCACGGGGUUAUCUCCAAGCCUUAGCCUCCAAAAUGACUGAAGAGCUAGAGGCCCUAAGGAACUCCAGUCUGGGCGCAAGAGCAACAGAUAUGCCAUGGAAGAUGCGCCGCUUUGCAAAAUUGGACAUGUCUGCAAGGUUGGAGCUACAGUCAGCUCUUGAUGCUGAAAUACGAGCCAAACAAGCUAUUCAAGAGGAGUUAAAUAAAGUUAAAGCUUGUAGCAUUGCAACAGAAUGCAAACUACAGGAAGCUGAGAAAAAGAACUCUGAGCUGUUAUCAGAAAUUGAGAGACUGAAAAAAGAGACAGAAGAACUCCAGUCAGAAAAGGGUGUAAAGCACCAAGAUUCACAGAAUUCUUUCUUGGCAUUUUUGAAUGCUCCUACCUCUGCUCUGGAUCAAUUUGAAGAUUCCUUUUCUUCUUCAUCAUCCUCAUUGAUUGAUUUUAUGGAUGACCGCUCUCCUUCCUGUAUUCCAGCUCACAAAGGCAGACGUGUAAGAGGAAGUCUUGCUAUUGAUUCUGUUGAAAAUUUUACCUUAUCUAAUACGCCUUCGCGGGAUGAAGAUAUCAAGUGUCACCUUCAUUCAAGAUCUAGGUCCCCUUCCACAGCUAGUGACAUUGAACCAAUUGAGGUUUCAGAUCAUCCUCUGCGUCCAGUUCAUACACCAACCAUGAGAUCACCAUAUAUUGGUUCAGGACUCUCUGUGCCAAAGCCGAAAGCCCAUCAAUUUGUAGUGAAAUCCUUUAACACCCCUACUAAAUGCAAUCAAUGCACAUCUUUGAUGGUUGGCUUAAUCAGACAGGGUUGUACCUGUGAAGUGUGUGGAUUUUCAUGCCACGUGACAUGUGCAGACAAGGCACCAGCAGUGUGUCCAAUCCCACCUGAACAGACCAAAGGUCCCCUGGGUAUUGAUCCGCAAAAAGGCAUAGGAACUGCCUAUGAAGGGCAUGUCCGAGUUCCUAAACCAGCUGGAGUAAAGAAAGGCUGGCAGAGAGCACUGGCUGUUGUCUGUGACUUCAAGCUUUUUCUUUAUGAUAUAGCGGAAGGAAAAGCAUCCCAGCCCAGUGUGGUAGUGAGUCAAGUUCUUGAUAUGAGGGAUGAAGAAUUCUCAGUGUGUUCUGUCUUGGCAUCUGAUGUCAUCCAUGCAAAUCGAAAGGAUAUUCCUUGUAUAUUUAGAGUUACAGGUUCUCAGCUGUCGGCAUCAGGUAACAAGUGUUCAAUCCUGAUCCUAGCUGACAGUGAGAAUGAAAAGAGCAAAUGGGUAGGAGUCCUGAAUGAAUUGCACAGGAUUUUAAAGAAGAACAAGCUCAAAGACCGCUCAGUCUACGCUCCAAAAGAAGCCUAUGACAGCACCUUGCCCCUCAUUAAAACCACCCAGGCAGCUGCAAUCAUAGAUCAUGAAAGGAUAGCUCUGGGUAAUGAAGAAGGGUUAUUUGUGGUGCACGUUACCAAGGAUGAGAUAAUUCGUGUUGGUGACAACAAGAAAGUUCAUCAAAUUGAGCUCAUCCCAAGUGAACAGCUUAUUGCAGUGAUCUCAGGACGAAACCGUCAUGUGCGGCUGUUUCCUAUGACAGCCUUGGAUGGACGAGAGACUGACUUUUACAAACUGGCAGAGACAAAGGGUUGUCAGACCAUAGUUUCUGGACAAGUGCGCCAUGGAGCUGUUACUUGCCUGUGUGUGGCAAUGAAAAGACAGGUCCUCUGCUAUGAACUAAACCACAGCAAAACACGACACAAAAAGAUUAAAGAAAUCCAAGUGGCUGGGAAUGUCCAGUGGAUGGCAAUCUUUAGUGAGCGGCUCUGUGUGGGCUACCAGUCAGGAUUCUUAAAAUAUCCUUUGCAUGGAGAAGGAAACCCACAUAGUUUGCUGCAUCCAGAUGAUCACACACUGUCAUUCAUUGCACAGCAAUCAACCGAUGCCAUCUGUGCAGUUGAAAUCUCAAAUAAGGAAUACCUGCUGUGUUUUAGCAGCGUGGGGGUUUACGUAGACUGCCAAGGUCGAAGGUCCAGGCAGCAGGAACUCAUGUGGCCUGCAACUCCUUCCUCUUCCUGUUACAAUGCACCAUACCUCUCAGUAUACAGUGAAAAUGCAGUUGAUAUAUUUGAUGUGAACUCAAUGGAGUGGAUUCAGACUAUCCCCCUCAAGAAGGUACGCCCUUUGAACACAGAAGGAUCACUAAAUAUCCUAGGCCUAGAAACAGUUAGAUUAAUAUAUUUCAAAAACAAGAUGGCGGAGGGUGAUGAGUUGGUGGUUCCGGAGACAUCGGAUAACAGCCGGAAGCAGAUGGUCCGAAAUAUCAACAAUAAACGGCGUUACUCGUUCAGAGUGCCUGAGGAAGAGAGGAUGCAGCAGAGGAGGGAGAUGCUGCGAGAUCCAGAAAUGAGGAAUAAAUUAAUUUCUAACCCAACUAACUUUAACCACAUAGCACAUAUGGGCCCAGGAGAUGGAAUACAGAUCCUCAAAGACCUGCCUAUGAACCUUCGACCUCAGGAAAGUCGAGCCAUGUUUAGCGGUUCUGUCAGUAUCCCAUCAAUCACGAAAUCCCGCACAGAACCAGGACGCUCCAUGAGUGCUAGCAGUGGUUUAGCAUCAAGGUCAUCUGCGCAAAACGGCAGUGCUUUGCGGAGGGAAUUCUCAGGCAGUAGCUAUGGAGCAAAGCGUCAGCCGAUGGCAUCCCCUUCCGAUGGCUCCUUGUCCUCUGGCGGUUUGGACCAAGGCAGUGAUGCCCCAGCGAGGGACUAUGAGCGAGAGGACUCAGACUCUCCAAGGCAUUCAACAGCUUCGAACAGCUCCAACCUGAGCAGCCCUCCCAGCCCCAUCUCUCCUCACAAGACCAAGAGCCUCUCUCUGGAGAGCUCUGACCACGUGAGUUGGGACACAUGAACUGCUUCAGCAUUCAGAUCUGACAUCUCAGCAGCUUACGGUCCCCCUGAUUCUCCAUUGUCUCCUCACCCCUCUGCUUCUCUCCAGAAACAAACUGUGGGAGGGAGGGAGGAAAAGAACCUAUUUGCCUUCUCUGGCACAAGCAGCGAACGGUCACCACUCCCCCCACUUCUCAUUUCAUAGUAACAGCAAGCAAGAGAUAACCAUGGGGGAUGGUGGUGGGGUGGCGUACAGGAAAUAUCAGUAUAUUUGUAUUUUAUUUCAUAGGAUAACAGCUGUUUAUAUUAUUAUGGGCCUAUUCCACACCACACCACCACUCCAGACAAAAGACGAUAAUGUAGACUGACCAAAACACAACCUGUAAGAGAAAACGAGAUAGAUUUUGCUUUCACACACACACACACACACAUACAGAAACACUCCUCAUAUUCUAUUUUUUCAAGAUUAGCACAGCAACACCCCCCUUCUGUCUCUGGUGAUGGGGCACAGUCUGCCCUGCAGGGGCAGAGGCACAUGCUUUCAGCCAGCCACUCUGUUUGAAUGUCAAUAUGAUGGUUGCCAGCAAAUCCAUACUGAUUUUUUAAAAAAUGAUGCAUAUUUUACUAAAGUACAGAGUUUAAGUAAAUACACAAAAUUAAGAGUUAGUACGUAUGUAUAUAAUAAAAGAAGCAGCAGAAGAUGGAUUCCUAUUUAAGAGAUCCUUUAAUUUAAAAAUACUUGUAUUGUUCCCUUUAUCAUUGUAAGUAAUCUAUGGAUUGAGGGUGUGAUCUGGAUAUAGAACAUGGGAUAGAUAAAAACAGAGCCUGGAGGAAGACUUCAUCCUCACAAAGCGCUCUGUAAUAGUCCUUCUUAGCAGUAGAACUAAAGCCAUAGUCCUCAUUUAUAAGCUGCCUCUGCCUUUAGUCUGCAGUGUAUUUCACUCUACAAGAAAAACCCAAGAUUUAGCCAUUUGUAAGUGUGAGGUGGGCUCAAGGACAGAGCCAUUAUGUAGCCCUGAGCAACAGCGGAGUAAGGCCAACUAAAUUCAGCACAAAUACAUGAGAAAUUUUAAAAGAAUUGGUGGAGCUGGAGUUUAAGAACAACCUGACCAUUUCAUAACCAGUCUUUCUUGUGUGCAGCAUCUAUUCAUAUGAGAUUAUCUGCAUCAAGCAAAUGCAAACCAUGUUAGGUGUGAAAUAGCUUCUUUCUCUUGCACAUUUAAACCUAAAGAUCUGCUAUUGACAAUUAUACAUUGCUGAAACACUAGAAGAUUUAUGGUCUGAAGAUUUUUGCUGCUGUCAUCUCCCCAUCCCAAAUGGCCUGGUGCUUAACGUUAUUGUUUUAAAAUAUUGUGGUGGUCGGAACCCAGCAAAGCCGUUGGCAGGGCAAAACAUUUAUCUCUGCAGAGUACACAGCAGAAACACAUUGUCACCUAAAUAAGUUCUAUAAAAUUCAAACUCUAGAUAUAGGGUGAGAACAAAAGUCAACUUUUUCCUAUCCCUUUCUUCUUGAGCAACUUAAGUAUAAUUGCAUUCUCAAACAAAAUUAGUAUUUUUUCUCCUUCUAAUUACUUCUACUUUUAUACCAGUGUCAGGCCCAGGUAAAUGAAGAAUUUGUAUGGUAGUGUUUUUUUUUCAAUGUAUAGUAUAAUAUCCUGGAACUUCAUGGCUAACAUCCAGUCUUUCUAGUCACUUCUGAUCAGCAGUUAAAGCAACAGAUGUGCAAAUACUGUAAUGGGAGUUUUUCAAGUUCUUUCUGAAAAUUGCUGCAAUCAUGGAAGGAAGGGUGCAAGCUAAAUAGUGCUAUAAGAUGCAUUUAGUCAUCUAGUUCUUUUGAGUCUGCUAGUUGUUGGUUCCAUGUGUUUUGCUGCAUUCAGUAGAUUGCCACAUGCAGAGCUUCCAUUUGGCUGUUUACACUGAUGGAAGAGACUGGGGCAGUGGGGAGGCGUAAAGCUUUCUUAUUAAAUAUGGUGGCCUAAUCCAGUCUGUUGAACUUGGCUCAUCAAUAAUUUCACAAUUUGUAUGUGUAAAAACAAGAGAGAUCUAAAACUUUGCCUUUCAUAGCAGCCAUUUAUUCAUGUCAACUUCCCCAUGAAGAAGCCUUUUGGAAACGGUCAGGGCAUGGCAUGGGCAUCUUUCAAAAUCCUUUGGCAUCUUUUCCUUACAUUUGCUACACAUAGGUUCUGUUGCAAUCCUCUUCCUUGUGAUACCUCUUUAUGCCUAGCCACUGUUUGGUACCUUUAUAGAGUUUAGCAUUAGAAUGUCUCCUUGUUCUGUUUCAGGUAUGAUCUUGCUUAAAGAUUAUCAUAUUAAAAAGGCAUUAAGAUUUCCAGGCCUGAAUGAUACAGGUGGUCUGAAUAAUCUUCUUCUUCAGGUAUUAUCUCAAAGUCUCCAGCAAUUCCUGUGACCAUUGGUUCUGAGCAUGAAACCUGUAUUCUUAGCAAAAUGCAGCUGUAGAUACAAGAUGCGAUUACAAAAAAAAUUACACUGAGGGUUACAUUUGUGUGUAUUAUUGGGCCAUUUCGCAAAAUCACUGUCCUUUGUUAGGAUAUCGUCAUCCUUGGGCACAGUUGUAUAGUAUAAACCUUUCCAGCUAUGCCUAAUACAUGCUCUUCUAUAUGCUCUCAUCUCUGAUGACAUUGAGAUAUCUUGCUCUACUUUUGCUGAAUUUCCAUUCGUAUGGUGACAUUUCUGCAAGCACUUUGGUAAUCUUGAACUAUCCUGACUAAUUUGUUAGCAUCUCUUGUGUUCGCAGUUUGAGGCUGUGCUUUCACUACAUAAGAUGCUUUGGGUUGAUUCAGCCAUCUCACUUAUUGCUUCAUUAUUCUUGAGGCCCAAUAAAUCAGGUUUUGAUUGUAAAAUAACCUUGAUAUUACAACUGUUGCAUCAGGCUCCACUGCAUAUAUAUUUUUUCUAUUGAACAUUCAAAAUCUGAGCAUAUCAUUCAUGUUUCUUUUCAAAACACAUUCCUGUUAUAGUAUUACUUUGUAUUCUUCUGAGUCAGUCUCUCAUUAGUUGGCUUCUUUUAAGGGUUAAUUUGUGUGUUGGUUGUUUUGUGUUUCUAACUUGCAUUUUUUUUUAGAACAAGAUGCUUGGGUUUGGGGAAAAUACAGUUGACAUUUGUGUUAAACACUCAGGUAUUUGAAAGCAGCAGGAUGUCUUCAUAUGAUAAACAUGAAAUGCAAUAAUGUAUUUUGGGGCAUGAGGUUCAUCACAGACACAUCUAUGAAACAAACAAAUCUUUUCUUCUGUAAUAGUGAAGAUAUGGAUGAUAGAUUGAGUUUAGGAUGGUGGUUUGAAGUUUUGAAUGUGGAAAAACAUUAGUGUCUUUUGAGACCAUGAAUUUUUAAACAAAACACCUAACUGCAGUACCUCAGUUUCUUCUUCUGGUGUCUUGUUAAAUCAGAGGAAAAACUGGGAACCCCAGAGCUGGCUUGUUGGCAUUUUAUUAGCCUUAGGAAAUUUCACUAUGGUGUGAAAAUUACCUCUGUACAACCUGGGUUCCAUAUAUGGAUGCCCUGCUUGGAGACCUCAGGAAGUGCAUAAGCCUUGGGGAAAAUGUUACUCCAAGUGCAAUAAGGUUUUGUGCCUAGAAACUAAUAAAGGCACUAUUAGCCUGUUUCAUUCCAAAAGUUCAUCAAACUUUUCCUGGAAUAUCAAGCUGGGCUUCUAACUCCUAGUCUACAAGGGGGCCUUCAGAAAUCAGAUAUGCUGUAGAUUUUCAACCUUUAAGACCAUGUUGUGCAUUAUGGCAAUUUCACACUACGUGUCACCUUUUUUUUUUAAUGAAAAUUCUCCCAUUGGGCAUAAAAACUUCUUUCAUUCAUAAGGAAGCAAUUCACAACCAAAAAGCAGUAUUGGUAUUUCACAGCAAUUAUACCUGCUUUUUUAUGUAUGAUGGUUUCAUAACAUUUAUUUUUUAAAAAGAUAUUUUUAGGGAUUUUUUGCAUUGUAAUAUUAUUGUACAGUUUUGCAUGGCCUAGAUGUAAUCACUUUUUUGUUUUGUUUUAGAGUAUAAAAGCUGACAAGUGUGCGUGUGGGAAAAGAUUCUGCUUUUUGCUUCUUCUCACUCUUGUUUUGAUUUUAUGCCCUCACUGUUGUAGAGGACAUUGUAAGAGAUUCUCUGCUCCAGAACAAUGAUGUAGAUUCUAUUGCACAGAAAUAUUUAAGGUGGAUCAGUCAGUGAUGUAAUAAAUGACGGGCCACCAAUAUUUUAUGUUGGUAACACUUAAUAUUAACCUUACUUUGAUGUAUUGCAAUAAAACAGGGAACUAUUAGAAAUACAGAUGGUUUGUCUUUUUUCCCCUUCCCAUCAGAUUAUUCUUCAAUGGGUAAGUGGGCUGGGGGGAAAUGAUGAAGUAACAGUUUAAAAUGAGUCCUUAAAAGCUGUAGUCUUUGCUUUAGAUGUGUUGGCAUAGAACACUUUGGAAGACUAAACGUGUUCUCUUGCUAUAUUUAGUCACCUCAAGGCCACAAGGCUUCCCAGUCAACAAUGCAGUAAGGGGGGAUAUGUGGACAGCAGAGAGGGGAGAAAAUGGAUGUCGGUGAAAAUGAUUAGGAGGACUGUAUAAUAUGAGUAAAAUUCAAAGGAUUACUAGUUUGAGAGGUACAGAAAUUUCUUAGCAGUUACGUGAUAUACUCUUCUGCAAAUAUUCUGCAAAACCAUGUAGCCCAAAUCAGUCAAGGAGGGGGGAGUGGAGCACGUUUUAUGUAGAUUUCAGCCUACAGGCAGACUGAAGUGCAGCUACCUUUUGCCUCAAAAUGAAUGUUAGCCACUUCCAUUUAAUGAUAGCACAACAAGACUGACUGGAACAAUAACUUGCUAUUUGGUUCACGGGGUUGUUUUUCUGUUAGAAGCAGCCCUGAUGAGCAGGUUAAGGCAGGAAAGUGAUGAGCAAGGACACUUCUCUCUCUGCUGUUUGCCAAAGAAAAUCUAGCCUUGCACUGCCACUUGUGAAGGUUCUCUUUGCUGCAAGUAUGCCUUAUGGGCAAAAACCAAGUGGGGAGGACAUUUGGUAAGUGGGUGAAACCUCCUUCCUGUUCCUUUUU